AUGGCAGAGCAGGGGACUCCGGAUCUGCCCCUGAAGGAGAACGGGACGUACUACAGCGAGGAGGCCUUGGCAGCCAAGGAUGCUGCCACCGCGCAUCCGGACUUCAACAUCGUGGACAAGGUGGUCCGUGCCGUAGCAGAGAACCUUGGUCGCUCUUCUGUUAAUCACGCCCGCUUUCAAGAGCUUCAGGAGGUCAUUUGCGAGACCCACCUCGAAGUCCAAGGCAUCAAGGACGUCCGAUGGUUGUCUCGUGGUGACGCCAUCCAGCGCCUGGUGAAGGUGUUUCCUGCAGCAGUGAUGGUCUUGCACGAGACAAACAAGAAGAUGUAUCAAGUCGUAACGAGCUACAAAUUCCAUUUCCUGCUGUUCUUCCUUGCUGAUGUCAUGAAGGAGCUCAACCUUCUCAGCUUGAAGUUUCAGCGGCGCCAGGUCGACGCAACCCAUGUGCUGCCGAUGGUGCACAACACCACCUUACUGCUGCGCACACGUUACCUCGACUGCGACGACGCGACUUUUGGCCAGGGUGGAGACGCGUUGGGCCCGUUCCUCGACAAGCACGCAUCAGGGGAGUUCCGUGAGGUCCUCGUUGCUGGCACAGCUUCCGACGGCACAUCGGUCAGCCAUCGAUACCGACUGCACGAGGAGAAAAUCAAGGGGCAGAAAAGUGGUGUGGACCACCAAGCGUGUUUGGGGCUGGCGCGCGAGUUCAUCACGACCUUGGUUGGUCGGCUCGACUACCGCCUCAAGGAUCUUUCACACCUCGACGGGGCGAAGCUGUUCAAGCAGGGAUCGUAUCCCAAGAACCAGGCAAAGCGUGAGCGAAGGCUAGGCCAAUGGCUCCAGUCUCUGCGCAACAUGUUCAAGAAGAAGCCAGAAGACCCUGAUACUCUACCAGGUGCGUCAAAUGCCGGGAAUGUGCUGCUAUAG